UUGUCGCCGCCCAAAUUGCACCGCUGCUGAAGUUGGCGUCGGUGAGGAUGCAAGGGCGCCGUGCGUCUUGCCGAAAUUAUUCGGGGCUCGCUGCACAAUCGAUUUUUCCCGCCCGAUGCGGAAAAUUCUUCGGGGCGGGGCGGGUGUAGCGGCGAGGAGGGGGUUGAGCGAGGGGGGCAUAGCGCCAGGGGGGCAGGCGGAGUGCAGCGGGGCGGUGCAACGCGCGCCGCCGUCCCGGCCGUCGGGCAGACAGUAGGACGGCGACGCCACUGUGAGUCGGUGACCACGGCGCGAAGAGCGCGCUCGCCGCACUGUGACAUGUAGCGCGGCCGCCGCGCCGCAGCCCCGCGACUCCACCGCCGGUGGCGGCGCGCCGAUGCGCCUGCCGUCCGGCCCGACGCCCGCGCCGCGAAACGUUCGCACAUAAUACGCAUCUCAACCUCACAACCAGUGUCACUUUUACUGUUACACCUGAAGCGAGCCCUUCAGCCCGUCUGAAUUGACGACCGUCGUCGGAUGGAACCCGGAGUGCGCCGAUUCGCAUCAAGCGGCGGGAGCUAGCUCAGACAUGGGAAGUGAGCACUAUUGCCUAAGGUGGAACAAUCAUCAGAGCAACCUGCUGGGAGUAUUCAGCCAGUUGCUGCACGACGAGAGUUUGGUGGACGUCACUCUUGCCUGCUCUGAAGGUGCCUCGAUAAGGGCUCAUAAGGUUGUACUGUCUGCGUGCUCAUCGUAUUUCCGUUCGCUAUUCGUGGACCAUCCAUCGCGUCAUCCCAUAGUUAUACUUAAGGACGUCGGUUUAGAGGAGCUGAGGACGCUCGUCGACUUCAUGUACAAGGGCGAAGUCAACGUCCAGUACUGUCAACUUCCUGCUCUCCUCAAAACUGCUGAAAGUCUACAAGUAAAAGGAUUAGCUGAAAUGACGACAUUAAGCGCUGCUGGAAUUGAGGCUAGAAACGUCUCGGAACCAAUGGAAGAGUGCCAAUCACAAGACACCAAAGAGUGUUUAGAACCCCACGAAAGGGUAGAUAGUAGAGAUAGUCGGGAGAAAGAAGAAAGGCGUGAAAGGGAAUCGAGAGAAUCCCGGGAGAGGGAGUCCAAAGAUAAUCGCGAAGCAAGAGAUGGUCAUCCUCGAGACGUACGCGAGUCAAGAGAUUCACGAGAACACAGGGACAGAGAAUCCCGUGAUUUGAGAGAUAUAAGGGAAACUAGAGAACCUAGAGAUUUAAGAGAAUCUCGGGAUCAUAGAGAGUUAAGAGAUACUAGGGAUGUUCGAGAGCCGCGGGACUUUCGAGAAGUUCCACGGGAUCUGCGUGAUAAUCGAGACGCACGAGAUUUAAGGGAGGCGCCCGAAGCCUCACCCCCAAGAAUAUCCCCACUGCUUUCUGUGCGACGAUUUAGAUCAGAAGUCUCAGGUGAAACACCAACGUUAACGCAUCCUCCUAUUCCGAAAGAUGAGCCGCCUGACGAUCCAAUGCGAUCUUCGUCACCUGAAGACGAUGCUGUAUCCUUAAGAUCAAAUGGAGCUCAAAAUGAUAACAUUGGUUUAAACAUGACUAUAAACAGUCACAGCGGUGCUGUUCUAGGAUCGAGCUACUCUCCAGUGGAGCAGAGACUAAGCGUGCUCAAUGCUAUACCACAUCCAGGUCUGCCACAUCCAUCUCACCCCUCACUACCCAGUCCCAGAAGCGAACCCAUUGCUGGCCCUUCUGGACUGCCACCUGUCCAACAAGUACCCCUUUCACUGAAGAAAGAAGUGGAUUGGGAUAGGAGUAAUGAAGAAAAAGGAGGUGAGACUUCAACAGAGUAUCGGAUGCAACAUGAAUCGAUGUGUCUGGAUAUGUCGUGCGGGUCGCCGAGUAUCCCUAGUCCCAUACCGGCCCGCAGUCCUACAGCGUUACCGUUGUGGUCCCCCUUAUUGGCAUUACAAGCGUGCCGAAUACGUCGAUACCUCAGCGACGAUUGCAUGGCCUAUCAAAAUCGACAUCUACUUCACUCCGAGAGGCGUCGCUGUGGUGUCUGCCUUGCCUCUUUCCCUUCUGCCUGGCUCCUAGAGCGCCACGCUGCCCUCCAGCACGCUACACAAGCCUCGUGCGAUGAUAAACCAUUCGUUUGCGAACAGUGUGGUCAGAGUUAUAGGUAUAGGUCUGCUUAUGUUAAACAUAAAGAACAAAACCACCGAGCGAGACUCCCUGCCGACAAGCUUUUCACUUGCGAUGUUUGCGGCAUGCAAUUUCGAUAUCUCAAGUCUUUCAAGAAACAUCGUCUGAAUCAUACCUUAGAAAGGUUGCAUACAAAAAAUACAGAUCCACCGGAGGGUAUUGAUCAAGUUUCAAGUACGAACGAAGCUUUAAUAGGUCAAUGCGGAGAAAUGGAUCUCUCAAUUAAAAAGAAGAAUAGGAUAGAAGAAGCAAAUACUCCACCAAUAGAAGUGAUUCGUGACGCAGAACAAGAUAGUACAGUAGACUCCAAUGGGGCUUCUGAUUCGAUAGUAACCGUCGAUGACUCUAUCGAAGGCAGAAACUCUGAAAGUGACAGCAAGCGAGAUGAUGAUACGUUAGGAAAACGACGGCGUAUUCCUGUUUCAUUCGCCAGUGUCAGUUCAAUCGCGGAUAGCUCAGAAAGCGAAUCGCGGGGCGAUAGCAGUAAAAAUGAGAGCUCAAGUUCGCACUCUGGAAUCCUCGGUUUUAUGCAGAACGACGAAAGACAAAGAGAUCGGGAGAGAAGAUUUGCGUGUCCGUUCUGCGGGAAAUGUGUAAGGUCAAAGGAGAAUUUGAAAUUACACGUCCGUAAACAUACGGGGGAGCGGCCGUUCGUAUGUUUGUUCUGCGGGAGGGCUUUUGGGGGCAAGAGUGACUUGACCCGUCACCUGCGUAUCCACACGGGGGAGCGGCCAUACCACUGUGAGGCAUGCGGUAAGUGCUUUGCGCGGGCGGACUACCUCUCCAAACACCUCACUACCCACGUACACAAUACCCGCUGAUCGAGGCCCGCGCCGUCCAUUAUCCGAUCUUGGCAUACCUUCAAAGUAAAUAACCCAGUCAUAUUAUAACAAUAGAAUGGGAAUAUUUUUUAAAAAUAUUUUUAAACUUUACAUAAAUAAAAUAAGCAGGUAUUCAAGAUUACAGGCCUAUUUUUGUUUUUGGAGUGGUUUUAACUAUACUUGAUAUAUAAUUUUAUAACUGAUUACAAAAGCAAUCCAGACAGUAACAAAGUAGUGAAAUAUUAUUAAUUUUCAUUUACAACGCUUUGUUUGCAAAUGAAUAUUAUUAAAGUAUGAUCGUUAAUCUUCCCUAUUGCAUAUCUUACACACUUUACGUUGCUUACAUGUUAGUUAAGUCUACCUACUGAUUGCAUUUUGAUUUUAAUAUUCGGACCUUAUAUUUUGUGACUGAUUAUUUUGAUCAUUUUAUUUCGUACAUUUUGAGCAAAACAAUUUCAAAAAGUAUAUACUUUUCGAUAUAAACAAUUACUGAAUGACCUAUUUUUUUCUAAUGCUUUAUAUUCAAUUCUUUUGCCAUAUUUUGUACGCCGAUCUAAUUUAAGAUUUAAAAAAACUCAUUCCAUUGAAAGGUUACUAGAAAAUUGGUAGUCGAGACGAUAGGUAAGUAGGAGAAUGCAAAAAAGCUGUGAUUCGUAUGAUUAAGACCAGUCAAACAUGUUUUAGAACAUCGAAAAAAUGUUUUAUGUAAUUUAAUCUAAUAUUAAUGUUUACAUAUAAAUAAUUAUAGAUUUAAGAAAUCUCUCUGUGCCAAAACAUGUACCUCAUAAAAGAUAAACACUGAUGUAGAUAAUUGAGGAUUGUUUUAGAUUUUUGUUAAUGACUCAUAAGCUGAAGACGCAGACCGGGCAGGUCGGGACGGAGGCGCGAUGCCACUGUCCUGACUUAAAGCCAUCAUGUGCCUUCACUAUGUUUCCGAAGUUCAUUAUUAACUUUUAAAACGCUCUAUUACUUGUUUUACAAACUACAACCUAGCUGCUCUUUUUAUAAGAUACCGUUUUAGUAAAAAAUACUCGCCCGCAAUCAUCUAAUAGAUAUCUACUUAGUACAAUAAUACAUGGCCAUUUUAUCUUUUUAAGACGAAUAUUAACUGCCGAUAUUGUGAUAUAUACUUCAUAUACAUAUUUAUUUAAAAAUAUCCGAUAAAUUAAUGACAGUUUUAAUUGUUAUUUUUGUUUAUUAUACAAAGUGAAAUAGAAAUGUUUAGAAUCCUAUUAAGAGUGUACUAUCAGAAUAUUUUUCCCAAAAAAAACAAAAUUUAAAUUCUUCACAUUAACUUAAUAUGAGUAUAUACCUGGAUCCUAACGUGAGAGAGGCUGAAAAUUAUUUGACUUUUCCACUAAUGUUUGUUUGGUAAAAAUGGGUAUGGUAAUAUACUCCAAUAAUCGGAUGCUAAGGAUGUAUUUCACCUAUUACUGUGGUAAUAAUGCUGCUGUGGUCUUAAUGAUAGUAUUGCAGGAUAAAACUGGCGGUAGAAUGUUCAGCAUAACUGUAAGCUAGGUAGCGCCAUCUAUAAUUUCUGCAAUUAAAAAAGAAUAUUAAAAGUAAAUGCAUAACUAAUUAUGAAUAAAAGUGCAUGAAAUUAUACUUUAAAAGUAUUUAUUAUUUUUAUCUAUUUUAUUUAUUUGCAUAUUUCUGUAAUUUGACGUAUGUCUGCUAAUGCUAGUAAAAAUGGUCAUUGUAUAUGUUUAUGGAUGAAUAAGAUUAGCUAUUGCUAGUAUUGAUAUUUAAUAAAAAGUAAUAAAUACGUUUUAGGGGUAUUCCUCACUGUUACCUAAUACAAAUUAGUGGUGCUGCCUAACUUUUACCCCGCCUAAAGUCAUUUCAACAUUCUUUGUUUUUAAUCGUGUCUUUAUCAAACGUAAGUACAUAUAUUUUUGAUAUAGAAGGUAAUAGCGGUUAAGUACUUUGUAAGCGUAAUCUUUGUUGAUGCAAUAAUUUAGAUUACGAUAGCCAUAAUGAAGUCCGUUUGACGCCGAACUUUGACUUGCCUAAUUUAAAAAGUCUAAUGCCUAAUUCAAUGUAAUAUUCUAAGAAAUAAUUUUAUUAUAACUAAGCAAUCGCGAUUUUUUGUAAUCCUGUAAACUGAUAAUUCAAAAAUAAUUGUUGUUCACAAAUUAGCUUUAAUUUGACACAUAUUUUACGAAACUUGUCUGAAACAAAUAUUACAAAGUGACUUAGCUACGCCACGGCAACUUUGCAUAAGAUCAUGACAUUUUAAUUAGAAAUUAAACUGAAGCUAUCUAUACUUAGUAGUUGCUUGUAUAGUCAAAGUCACGUUAUAACAUGAAGGCUAAUUUGCAGAUUAGUUUUGUGAAAUAGGACGGUACCAUCUCUGCAAAAUAUAAAUAGGGACCAGAAUUAACUUUUUUUAUAAUCUACCAUAGUUCUAAGUAAUUUGUUUCUGUAUCGACAAUAGAAGAAGAUCUGUUAAUUUUAGUAAGAACAGCAGUUAUUUUAUGAAAAUCGUAGCGUACACAAAUAAAAAGUAUAUUUUAUUUUAUAAUCUACAAAUAUUCAAACGGACUUAAACUCUUGUCAAUUAAGUACAUAGGAUAAGUGGAUAUAAAUUAUUAUUAUAUAUUUUAAACUUGAUUGAUUUAGCGGGCCAGUAUUUCUAUUACUAAAUUUUACAAUAGCGUUAAUAAUAAUAGUUAACAAAGUAACUCAAUUUAUACAUUUUACAGUUUUAAAUAGUCAAUGCAACGAAAUAACCAGGUACAGGUAGUUUAUUGAACGAAGAUAUUUAUAGACUAAUUCUUUUAGUUAUAUUAUUAUUGUAGUUUGCUAUGUCGGUUUCGAACAAAUCUUUCAUAAUACAACAUUUUUUUCUGAUGUUAUCAACAAGAUACAGUUGAAAAAUGAAUCGUAUGAUAUUUAUAAUAAAUAUAAUUAUAACAUUGCCAGAGGGAUAUAUUAAGUAAUUUUAGGUAGUCGAAAACUUUUAGUAUAAACGAGAAGCAAUACUCUGAAUUAUUAUUUUUACUACUGAAAUACUCUAAUUAUAAUGCAGGGUCAACUGGAAACUUGAUGUUGAAACUUGUCAAAUAGUAAUUGGUGACCACAGAGUUUAUCCUAUUGAUUCAUAUACAAUGGAGAUAAUAAUAAUCAAGGAACUUUAAUAAAUUUCAAUAUGAAUAUUCGAGUCAACCCUGUACCUACAAAUUUAUACCACGAUACCAUCGAAAUAAACAUCGUAAUAACACAUAAAAAUUGUGUAUAUUGUAGAUAUUUUGCCAUUACAUCAAAUUUAUAUAACAUAAAAUAUUAUUCAAAAUCGAUGUUGACUGUUUUUUAUAAUUAUAUCAGCGGUAGUUACUUGAUGUUGUGGUGUAAUUUAGUGUCUUAUAGAUUUAAGGUCAUAAACCACUCAAAGUACUUACGUCAAACGUAAGUAGUCUUCAGUAUAAAUAUUCGCUCGAUUACCAAAAUGUGACACCAUUUAAAAAUAUAUGUAUACAGUAUGAAAAGUUCGCAGUACGCAAGAUUGAUAUACUAAGAUGCAAAAUCGAUAACUUUGAGUGGUUCAUUAUUUUGAAUUCUCGUAGCGUUAAAAAUUGGUGUGGUAUUCUUUAUAUCUGUUCAUGUAAUAUACAUAACUAUAAUUAUAGAUAAUUUUAAUCAGAUUAUAAAAAUAUACCUACUGAGCACGGCGAUGGUUUGUAAAUAUGCGAGUGCUAACCAGGUCAAAUGUGAUAAAUUAGGAUAAAAUGGUAUUCUAGAUUUGUUUACGAUUGUAAAGAAUUUCCAUUUAUCACUUUUAUUUGUAACAAAUUUUCAUGUUGUGUUGUUGCGGGUGCAGAUAAUGUAUAAUUUUCUUAUAAGACACGUUGUUUUACCGUCGACUGUGAGCUUAACGGGCAUUAUUUAUUAUACACUUGUUUUACUUUAUAUUUCGGAGGACUUCCGAGCUCUGGUGUGAGAGAAAAUUUGUGCGUGCCAGAUGGAGGCGAGUCGCUGCGGAUGGUUAUGUAUUGUACGACGCACAAGUAACAUGUUUAUAUCUCCGUCCAAUUAUAAUAUUGUGUGUCUUAUUUCAAAUUGAUUUGAACUGAUAUGUCUGGUAAUGAAAAACAAAAAAUAAUAAAAAAAAAAUCAAACGAACUAGUACUGAUUUAGUAAUAAAUUUUUAUCGGUUCUCUAAUUUAUGUUAAAAUAACCGCUCUAUUACAUAUUAUUAAUUGAGUAAGAUAGGUUGGGAGAAAAAGUAAUAGGAUGGUAAAGCAAUUCUUAUAAAUUAUUCAAAAUAUUUAAUUAUGGCACCUAAUUUAUAAGACGAUCUCUUUCACAAAUUACAAAGUAACCUAUCAAAUGAAUAUUAAAAUUUUCUAUGGUUGCCUAAAUACCAUCUAUUUCGAAUAAUAAGAAAUUUAUUUAUAUUUACCGUAUGGCCGUUUUAUUGAAUUUAUUUGAAACAAUAUAUUUUCUAGUAUUUUUGGUAAAAUUAUUGGGAAGCCGCGGCGGAGGCUUAUUAUGGACAUUCUUUUCGCUAUGAUUAUUUACUGACGCUAGGACAAUGUUUGUAGUUGUAAUAUUCUAUGGUGAUUGCAACGAAUGUGAUAUUACUUUAAGUUGGAACAAUGACGAAGGUCUGAUAGUACGAAGUCUCUCCACACCCAAGCCAACGACGUUUGAACGUAGAUAGACUGAUUUUCGGGUAGAAGUAAAGUAGGCCAGAAGUAUCGCAGUCAUAUAAUAAAUAAUAUUUUAUAAAUAGUGGUUGUUUUAAAAAUGUUUUAAGCCAAAACACAGAUUUCAAUAGUUAAAUACAUAAAACAAUAAGAGAGUUUAUUUAAUUUUUAAACUUAACUUAUACAGAAUGUUUUAUACUUAUAUCAACCUCAAAUUAUUUUUCAGAUGUAUUGAUUUUUAUACAUCUCCAUAUACAUGAAUAGAGGUAAGUGUAGUUAUUGUAGAUGGGUCUAUUAACAGCGUGGUGCUACAAAGUGUAAUGAUAUGUGAUAGAAACUGUUCUUCAGAGACAUUUUAUUUAUUGAAGCUUCCAUAGGUAAUAAAUAUAGUCACAUUACAUUUAUAUACCUACACAUUCAGCAAUAAUUUGGGUUAGGUAAUUUUAUAAGGAUUUUAUUUUAUCCAGUAUUUUAAAAGUUCAUGGUUGGUCGAACGUAUCUCGUAGAAACCAAAGCGACUUAUAAUUUAAGGAAAUAUCUCGAUGAAAUUCGGUAUUAUUUGUUCUGAAUUUAAAAAAUGUGAAUCUGAAAUCUUAUUUAGUUCUAUGAGAUGAAAGUCGACCAAAAACCAUCAACGCGGUGGUGAGAGUUCUAAAAAUGUAGAAAUUUUAAAUGUUACUUUCUUAUUCGUCCAAGUUUUAUUACAAUUUUAUUAAUAAGGCAAAUGAUUUAUUGUAAUUAUAUUGUCGUCAUUACGAUGAGGUGGCACAGCUAGAUAGUGAAAUUCAUUAGGUUUCAACUCGUCAUCGACGUUGUUAGGAAUUCAAUAUUUAGACGUGUAUGUAAUGAAUAAACUUAUUUUAUGGCCUUAUUAAUAAUAAAAUUGUCUUGGAAUAAAUUGUAUUUAUAAUAUUAUAUAACUUUCUUACAAUGUUAAAGUAAUAUAAAUCCGGUAAGGUAAUAUUUUUAUGAGUUUUCUAUUGACAUUGUACCGACCUAUAAAUAUAGGCACUAAACUGUACUGUCUAUAUGUAUGUAAGAUUUUCAUAUGUGAUUAUGUUGGAAUAUGUAUUUUUUUGUCAUGCUUCGAAUCAUUUAUCCAGAAAUAAUGUUGAUAGUACACAAAGUUAAAUAUUACACAAACUUAAUAUAUUUUUUUUACUUGUAUAUUUCAGAUAAUUAUUAUUGUUGAAAAUAUUGUCCUGUUUUAUAUUUUUAGUGAUGAAUUAACUUAUAAAUAUUUCAUGAUUUUAAGUUUACAGUAAGUUUACAAAACAGUCCAUUUAAUUUUAAAUGUCUUGUCCAUUGUCCAAACUAACUUAGGCAUAGUUUCAUAUUUUGGAUGUGUAUUAUACCACAAUCUAAAUUUAAAGCUAUUGUGUAUAUUAUUUCAUUGUCGAUGUGCAAAAUUAUAGUAAAUGUCUUGGAUCUCUAAAAAUAAGAAAAAAAAAAGACAAAAACACUUUACGAAAUUUCUAAAUGUGCAAUAAAUAUGUGUGUUGUAGUGUUACCAUUAGGCGUAAAAUUUUCAACUAUAAAAAUAUAGUUACCGAAUUAUUAUAGAACAAUUUAGUUAUUGUUCUAUUUUUAAUUAUGUAAGUACCUAAUGUGUUUUUUUUAAUAUUACAAUGAUCUCACCGUUAACGGUAACUAUAUUUUUGUGGCUUAUUAAAUGAAUAUUUGGCACUUUAAAAAAAGGCACAUUUCCCCUAUUAUAAUUGAAAAAUGGUUUGAAAACGUGUUGAAAAUGGAUUUGUUGGUAAUUAAUUUCAUAAUGAAAUAUAUUUGUUUUAUUAAUUAAA